UGAGAUAGUAAAUCAAUUCCAGGAGUGGCGUAGCUUCUCGGACACGGCUUCUCAGUCUUCGAUCACUGAAAUUUCUUUCUGCAGACUGCAGGUCUCUGAUUUGAAGAAAAGGUAGAAGCGUAGAAGAGUGAAAAACUAAGAUAUAUGGGGCAAGCCUUUCGAAAACUCUUCGAUGUGUUCUUCGGCAACUCUGAGAUGAGGGUUGUGAUGCUUGGGCUUGAUGCAGCUGGAAAAACUACAAUAUUAUAUAAACUGCACAUAGGAGAAGUUCUAUCAACAGUUCCUACCAUUGGUUUCAAUGUGGAAAAGGUGCAGUAUAAGAAUGUUAUUUUCACUGUGUGGGAUGUUGGUGGACAAGAGAAAUUAAGGCCUCUGUGGAGGCAUUACUUUAACAAUACCGAUGGACUGAUUUAUGUUGUGGAUUCAUUAGAUCGAGAGAGAAUUGGGAACGCAAAGCAAGAAUUUCAGACCAUCAUAGGCGAUCCAUUUAUGCUUAAUGCAAUUAUCUUGAUUUUUGCUAACAAACAAGAUCUGAAAGGAGCGAUGACAACAACAGAAGUUUGUGAAGGGCUUGGUCUCCGUGAUCUUAGAAACAGGAAAUGGCACAUACAAGGGACAUGUGCUCUUAAAGGGGAAGGGCUGUAUGAGGGAUUGGACUGGUUAUCAAGUACCCUCAAGGAGCAUAGAGCUGCUGGAUUCUCUUCAAUAGGAACUCCUACAUUCUGAUUAGUCAAAGUAAAUUUGGCAACCUUGGUUAGGGCUGGGCAUGGAUUGUGUGUAACCCAUUUUUUUUCAGUCCCUAACAAAACACUAGAGUCCUAGAUCAAACCAAAUCAGACCACAACACACUUUAUCAGAGUUCACCAAACUUAAACAGACUAGACUACAAUUAAACGGGCUAGACUAAACAUAUAUAAGCCAGACCAGACCAGGUCACUUUGCCAUACUAAAAAAUUCCAGCCCAAUCAAACAGAGCCUUAAUCCAAAGAUUUAUCAUUUUAUAAUUUUGUUGUUUGUAUAUCAGUUAGACAAUUAUGCAAUUUUGUUAUUAGUAGGGAAGUUUCUCAAAACAAUAGUAAAAACAAAUUGGUUUUCCUAAACAGGAGUACUAUGUUUCUUCCUGAAAUAGGUGUGCAGUACUAUCAUGUCUUUUCCCUAAUAGGUGUAAAGUACUUUCAUGUUGAUAGCAUACUGCCAUAUGACAUUACCAGGCAUUAACAUGAGUAUUUUUCAGGAAUAGUAAUUACUCCUAUUUAGGGGGGGACAUAGCCCUAGUUAGGGAAACCACAUUGUUUUUACUCCAAUAGGGCAAUUUUUUUUAUUAAUAUUCAAUUCAAAUUAUUUUGUUUUAUAAUGGAACUAUGUUUUUCCAUCAUUUGCACUGGAACCAAAGAUUCAAUAUUUUUUGGCUUGGGAAUAUGAUGGAAUAAACCAAAAUGACUUACUAAACUGUCUGCGCUUCUUUGUUAUGAAGUAGCGGUCAGUCCAUGCAAUUUUUUAUGCGAUUUUCAAAAUGGGUCAUCCGGAAACGGUGUCUAUGCCUUAGUUAGGGUAAGGUUGCGUACAUCCGACCCCCCUUACCUCACCGUUGAUGGGAGCCUUUGUGCACUGGGGUAAUGAUGAAUGAAUGGAACUAUGUAAUGAGUUUUGGGUUUGGCCGACUCGAUUCCAAAAACCCAACUCGGGUAACCCAAGAAACCCCAACCCCCUGGAUAACCAAACUCGAUAUAGACCCAAAAUUUUUGUGUUGAUUUUGGACCCUAAAUUUCUACUUUUUCCCAGUUCUACUUAGGGGCUCGGGUUGAAUUUGACCCUAACCCUUGCUCUUGCCCUUGCCCUUGCCUACCGUGGUAGGGUUUUGUUAAUUCAUUCCUUUAAUUCCCUAACUAUGUAUGCCAUUUAUCCCUUCACAGGUAUUCUUGACUAGUCCAAUGUAAAAGGGUAAAAAAUGCUGACUGCGCAUUCCAUAUAGACAGUAGAUUAUUAUGUAUAUAUCAUAUACUCCGUACUUCUCAUUGUUGCUGGAGAGAAAAGCCGCUACAUUAAGAUCAGUAUAAUUAACACCCAUGAUUCUAGCCGUAUCUUGCACGCUAUCAUCGACUCAGGUGUUACGGUGUAUAUCAGCAUAACAUGACAUAUGAAGCGUCGCGGUCGGCAUUUGUUAGACAAAAGUCUGUAUUCCACCAUUCUGUAGUCUAUGCUACCUUUUUCUGUAUAGAUUUUAUACAAACUGUCACGGUGUGAUUUUUUCCCUCUACUCUGGAAAAGAGGUUUGCACCCCGAUUACGCCAUAUGAAUAGAUGGGAAGAGAUGGAAAGGUAGGUCCCCUUUUUACAGUAUAAAUUAUGAAGGUGAUCAACUUUGAAAGAACUAGUCACAUAAAACUAGAUCAAUGAUCUGUGACGGAUCAGAAAAGUGUAGGACGAAAGUUUUUUAUGGCAGUGAUCUUUUAUGAACAGAAAAGUUUUUUACUGAAUCUUGAUAUACCAUGUAGAAGUUGUGUAUAAAAAUGAACAAUUUG